AUGGCCCUGCACACACCCACCACCACCCCCUCCGUGUUCGUCGGCGGCCGCAAAGGCGACAAGUUCCGCUUCACCGUCCUCGCCGACGGCCUCGUCCGCUACGAAUGGGCCCCUGACGGCUCCUUCGAGGACCGUCCCUCCGCCUUCGCCGCCAACCGCCGGCAGUGCCAAUCCGACGCCUUGCCCUCCCACCGCCUCGUCGAGUCCGCCCGCUGCAUCGACAUCCACACCUCCCGCUUCCACCUCACCUACCGCAAAGCCGCCGCCGGCUUCUCCCCCGAGACCCUGUCCGCACGCAUCCACGGCCCCCUCGGCAGCACCUGGCGCUACGGCGACGCCCCCGCCACGCUCGGCGGCACCUGUCGCACACUCGAUGGCGUUGACGGCCGCACGCAUCUCGAGCCGGGCGUCACCUCCCGCACGGGCUUCGCCAACCUCGACGACGCCAGCAUGCUCUUCACCGCCGACGGCUUCAUCGCGCCGCGCAAGGAGGGCAAGGACAGGGUGGACGCGUACCUGUUCUGCUACGGGCACGACUACCGCGACGCCGUCAAAGCGCUAUACCGCGUGUCCGGCGCGCCGCCGCUGCUCCCCCGCUGGGCGCUCGGUAACUGGUGGUCGCGGUACUACGAGUACACGGCGGACUCGUACCUUGCGCUGAUGGACCGGUUCGCCGCGGCGCGCGUGCCGCUGGCCGUGGCCGUGGUGGACAUGGACUGGCACUGGGUACGCGACCCGCGCGUCGUCGAGGCCGGCGCCUCCGGUUGGUCGGGGUACUCCUGGGACACGAACCUGUUCCCGGAGCCCCGCGAGUUCGUGGCGGAGCUGCACCGGCGCGGCCUGAAGAUCACGCUCAACGAGCACCCAGCGGACGGCGUGGCGCGGUACGAGGACGUGUACAAGGAGAUGGCGAGGGCUUUAGGGCACGACACGUCCCAUGGGGACGCGAUCCCGUUUGACAUUACGGACCGCGCAUUCGUCAAGGCGUACUACGGCAUCGCGCUCAGACACGUCGAGGAGGACGGCGUCGACUUCUGGUGGACCGACUGGCAGCAGGGUACGCACUCUGGCAUGCCCGGCGUCGACCCUCUCUGGCCGCUCAACCACUUUCACUUCCUCCACAACGCCGACCUCCAGCGCCGCCGUGGCACCCGCCCGCUCGUCUUCUCCCGGUACGCCGGCGCCGGCAGCCACCGGUACCCGAUCGGCUUCUCCGGCGACACCGUCACCAGCUGGGCCUCCCUCGCCUUCCAGCCCGAGUUCACCGCCACCGCCAGCAACGUCGGCUACGGGUGGUGGUCCCACGACAUCGGCGGCCACAUGCUUGGCGCCCGCGACGACCACCUCACCGCCCGCUGGGCGCAGCUCGGCGUGCUCUCCCCCGUCAUGCGCCUGCACUCCACCAAGACGCGCUGGGUCGCCAAGGAGCCGUGGAACUUGCCCCUCGGCGGCCCGCAGGAGACGGUGGUCGAGUUUCUGCGCCUGCGGCACCGCUUGCUGCCGUAUCUGCACACAAUGAACAAGAGGGCAGCGGAGAGCGGCGAGCCGCUGGUGCAGCCGAUGUACUGGGAGCACCCGGAGCGCGAGGAGGCGUACGGCGUGCCUAACGAGUACUGCUUCGGCACGCAGCUGCUGGCGGCGCCGAUCACGGCGCCGCAGAACCGCGCGAUCAAGACGGGGAAAGUGCGCGCGUGGCUGCCGCCGGGCACGUGGGUCGACUUCUUCACGGGGGUGGUGUAUGAUGGAGAUCGCGAGAUGUGGCUGAGUCGCACGCUGGAUAAGACGCCGCUGCUGAUGCGGCAGGGCGCCAUCGUGCCGCUGGACGCGGACGAGGAUGGCGGUGCGAACGGCGCGGCGAACCCGCAAGGUCUGGAGAUUGUGGUGGCGGUGGGCGCGGACGGGCGGUUUGACAUCAUGGAGGAGGAUGAGAGUUUCGAGGGCUACGCGGAGGAGCCGCGGUGGGUGACGACGUCGGUGGCGCUGGAUCAGCGUACGGGCGUGCUCACCAUCGGGCCGAACCGCAGCGGCGCGCUCGCGUACUCUAGGAGGUGGAAGGUGCGGCUGCUGGGCGUCCGCGAUCCCACAGGUAUCACCGCUUCCGUCGGCGGCCUCACAACGGCUUCCGUCGCGACGGCGGUCGAGAACGGCACCAUGGUGGACCUCGGUCGCAUCGCCCCGGGCGACACCGCCGUCCUGUUCCUCGGCCCGAACCCGCAGCUGUCUGUCAACGAUUUCAAGUCUCUGAUCUUUCCUAUUCUCUACGAUGCUCAGGUCAGUUUCGAGCUGAAGGAGAAGAUUGAUGAGAUUAUUACCCCAAAGGACGUCCCAGCGUCCAUCCGGGUGGGCCAGUUGGCCGCCCUGGAUAUGGAUGAAGACCUGCGCCACGUUUUGAACGAAUUUCUCCUAGCCGACAGUCGAAGUUAG